CCACCACCAGUUCUCAGUUAGCGGUAUCUCCGGGGAGGCGCGGCAGACUGCAGGCUGCCCGCUGGAAACGCACUCAACUCCGUCGGCUCUUGGGUUGUUUGCAGCUCAGACACACCAGCGGUCCGCCGGUGGAGGAGGAAACGAGGCAGGAUGUACCAUGAAGAACCCGCAACUUUACAAAAGCCACGCUAUGGAACCAUUCAGGAUGAUGAGAGGCUGUCAGCAGAGGAGAUGGAUGAGAGGAGACGGCAGAAUAUUGCCUACGAGUACCUGUGUCACCUAGAGGAGGCCAAAAGGUGGAUGGAGGCCUGUCUCGAGGAGGACUUACCUGCUACCACAGAACUGGAGGAGGGACUGAGGAACGGCGUCUACCUCGGCAAACUUGCCAAUUUUUUUGCUCCAAAAAUGGUUUCAGUGAAAAGGAUCUAUGACAGAGAUCAGGCCCGUUAUAGGAGCAAAGGGCUGCACUUCAGACACACUGACAACACAGUGCAGUGGCUCAGAGCUAUGGAGUCCGUGGGCCUCCCCAAGAUAUUCUAUCCUGAAACGACAGAUGUGUAUGAUCGCAAAAACAUGCCCAAGGUGGUAUACUGCAUACACGCACUGAGCUUGUACUUGUACAAACUGGGCAUUGCACCACAGAUUCAGGACCUUCUGGGGAAAGUGGCCUUUACAGAGGAGGAAAUCAGUAACAUGAGGAGUGAGCUGGAGAAGUAUGGUAUUCAGAUGCCAGCCUUCAGUAAGAUCGGAGGUAUCCUGGCCAAUGAGCUCUCUGUGGACGAAGCUGCCUUGCAUGCUGCUGUGAUUGCCAUCAAUGAGGCAGUUGAGAGAGGUCAGACAUCUGUGACGAUGGGAGCCCUGAAUAAUCCUAACGCAAUGCUGAGGAACAUCCAGGAAGCUCUGGCCCAGGACUACCAGGACACAUUGAGCCAGACUAAGGCUCGUAAGCAGGAUCAGUCCUUAGGGAGGAGUUCCUCAAUUGCUACUGAAGAAAGAGAUGUUUAUGAGGAGUUGCUUACACAGCAGGAGAUCCAGGGCAGCAUCGACUUUGUGAACAUCCAGGCAGCAGUAAGGCAGGUGAACGAAGCGCUGUCGACCCAGGAUGAGGCUGCUCUGCUGUCUGCACUUAGGCUUGAGGCUCUGGCCCUGCUGGGUGUUCAGGAGUCAAACUGCCACUGGUACCUGGAACAUUUUACCACCUACUGCCAACAUAAAUCCAAGGAUGGAGGGAGGGCCGUGAUGGUGGACAAAGAGGAGAUUCAGAGAGUUGUCAGCUCUUGCAAUGACUUUGCAGAGGCUGAGAAACGAAAACUCGAAGCGGUUGCUGCGAUCAACACCGCCGUUCGUCUCGGCAAUGCAGCAGAAACGGCGGAGGAGCUGACGAACCCAGAGGCCCAACUGCCAAUUGUCUAUCAAACUGCUGCCAACCUCUAUCAAGCCGAGCUUUUCAGUUUACAGCUACAAGGCGGGCGGUCUGGCCUGAGUCAUGAGGAGCUGAGUGUAGCUGUGGAGAUGCUAUCGGCCGUAGCAGUGCUGAAUGAGGUGCUGGACACCAAAGACCCACAGGCUGUGAUUGAACAACUGACUGACUCUCCCCUGGGCUUCACCAACAUGGACCAAGACAACCUCAACAGGUAUGCUGACACACUCAUCAAGGAGCGAGCUGAGUCUCUCGCCAAGGGCCAAGAGUUCCUCACCUGGAAUGACGUUCAGAAGUGCAUUGACACGGUGAACGUUCAGGUCCACGAAGAGCAUGAACGCAUUAUAGCCAUCGCUGAGAUCAACGAGGCGCUUAACUCAGGUGAUCAUCAGCAGACCCUUACAGCCCUGCUGCUGCCUACAGCCAAGCUUACUGGGGUGAACCCAGCCACAGCCAAACACUACCAUGAUGUCCUACAAUAUACCAAGGAACUUCUCUGCCAGCUCUUACCUCUGGACUCAGGGGAAAUGAACUCUGGAGAUGAGUCUGCAGUACUGUGGCUGGACCAAAUUCAAGAGGCCAUACUCGCGGCCAACCAGGAUGAAGAGGAGGCUCUCACAUUGGCUGGAGCAGUAGCUGAUAUCAACAGUAACGUGGCUGAGGGAGACUCCCAGAAUACACUGAAGGCUUUGCAGGCUCCGGGCGCAAGACUGAAAGCUGUGCUGCCUGAAUGUGCGGACACCUACCAGGCUGAGCUGGUGCAGAGACAAACUAUCAGUGCUUCUGAAGGCAACACACAUAGUGAGUGGGUAAAACACUGCAUCAAGGACAGAUAUGACUACUACUAUAACCUGGAGACUGGACAGGGCACCUGGGAGGAGCCCGAAAGAUUUGAACACAAUGGUGGCCAACUCAGUAAAGAGGAAGUCCAGACUGCCAUCAGCUGCGUGACUGCAGAAUAUAACAGGGAACAGUUAUGGUUAGCCAACGAAUCCUUCGUGACCCAGCUGCAGGCCAGGGUCAGAGGUUAUCUGGUCAGGAAAAAGCAUGCCCAGAGAAUGGAGUAUCUGCGCCAACAAGAACCAAAUGUUGUGAAAUUGCAGGCUUGCUGGAAGGGUUACAAACAAAGGAAAAUACACAAAGAAAGAAUGAAUUUGCUUCAGAAAAAUGUUGCUUCUAUUGUCAAGAUCCAGUCCUUGGUGAAAAUGUGGAAAGCCAAACGUAAAUACAAUCAGAGGCAACAGUACUUUAAAGAUCAUGAGAAAGAAAUUGUGAAGAUUCAGGCUUUCCUAAAGGCCAACAAAGCCAGAGAUGACUACAGAACCCUCACCGGGGCCAAGGAUCCUCCUCUUUCAGUGGUGCGCAAGUUUGUCCACUUGUUGGAGCAGAGUUCCCUGGAUCUGCAGGAAGAGCAGGAAGUGACAAGGCUCCGGGAAGAAGUGGUCACCAAGAUUCGCUCCAAUCAGCAGAUGGAGAAGGACCUGAACCUGAUGGACAUAAAAAUUGGAUUGCUGGUGAAGAACAGGAUCACUCUGCAGGAUGUUGUGUCCCAUAAUAAGAAAAUGAAGAACAAGAAAAGCAAAACGAGUAAAGAUGACUUGACUGCAGGAGACAGACUGGGUAUUAAAGGCCUAAAUAAAGGAAAACGAAGGAAACUGGAGGCCUACCAACAUCUCUUUUACCUGCUACAGACCAAUCCAUCCCAUCUGGCCAAGCUGAUCUUCCAGAUGCCCCAAAACAAGUCAACUAAGUUUAUGGACACUGUGAUCUUCACCUUGUACAACUACGCCUCCAACCAGAGAGAGGAAUACUUACUGCUCAAACUCUUCAAGACUGCUCUGGAGGAGGAAAUCAAUUCUAAGGUGGACCAGAUCCAGGACAUAGUGACAGGGAACCCAACAGUUAUCAAGAUGGUGGUGAGCUUCAACAGAGGUGCACGAGGCCACAACACACUCAGGCAGCUGCUGGCACCUGUGGUCAAAGACAUCAUAGAGGACAAGAGUUUAGGCAUCAACACCAACCCUGUGGAUGUGUACAAGUCCUGGGUCAACCAGGUGGAGACGGCUACUGGGGAGGCCAGCAAACUGCCUUAUGAAGUGACUCCUGAGCAGGCCAUGUCACAUGAGGAAGUUCGCAACAGGCUGGAGGCUUCAAGUCUGGCUUUACGGACUGCUACAGAUAAAGUCUUGAACUCCAUUGUGUCCUCACUGGAUAAUAUCCCUUAUGGCAUGAGAUACAUAGCAAAAGUUCUGAAGAACAGCCUUCAUGAAAAGUUUCCAGAUGCCUCAGAAGAUGAACUGAUGAAGAUUGUAGGAAACCUUCUGUACUACCGCUACAUGAACCCAGCCAUCGUGGCCCCCGAUGGCUUCGACAUCAUUGACAUGUCAGCAGGAGGGCAGCUUCACGUAGACCAACGUCGUAACCUGGGUUCUGUGGCCAAGAUGCUCCAGCACGCUGCUGCCAAUAAACUGUUUGAGGGCGAGAAUGUACAUAUGACACCAAUGAACACCUACAUAUCUCAGACGUAUGAGAAAUUUAGGGUAUUUUUCCAGUCGGCAUGUGACGUCCCUGAACCUGAGGAGAAGUUUAAUGUUGAUGAAUACUCUGACAUGGUGACCUUGAGCAAACCUAUCAUCUACAUCUCGAUAGAGGAGAUCAUCAAUACGCACUCGUUGCUUUUGGAACAUCUGGAGGCCAUCUCUCCAGACCACAACGACCUGCUACAUGAGCUGCUGCAGGACCUGGGAGACGUCCCCGAUGUGGAGUCAUUGCUCGGUGAAGGAGCAGUCGACCCAAAUGACCCAAACAGAGAAAGUUCUCUGAACCAGCUGGCGAAGACGGAAAUCUCCCUCACGCUAACCAGCAAGUUUGAGCUGCUGGAAGGCGACGACAAAGACCUAAAGACUCUCGUAAUAAAGACAAAAAAGUUAAUAGUGGAUGUGGUUCGGAUUCAACCCGGGGAGACGUUGACAGAAAUUCUUGAGAUCCCGGCUACUGCACCACAGGAGUUGGAGCAUACUAAGAUUGUUGAGCGCCGGGCGGUUCAGGAUGCUCAGACACCAGAGGGUCUGAAGAGCAACCCGGCGGUGCUGGAGGACAGCCACCUGCCUCUCGAGCAAAAGAAGAGGAAGAUCUUGAGGAACCUCCGUAACCUGGAGCAGGCCGGCUUCGCCACUGCUGGUAACAGAUACCAGGACCUCAUCAACGACAUAUCAAAGGACAUUCGCUACCAAAGACGCUACAGACAGAGGAGGAAGGCCGAGCUUGUGAAGCUCCAACAGACACUGACGGCGCUCAAUUCGAAAACGGCUUUCUACCAGGACCAGAUGAAUUAUUAUGAUACCUACAUCAAGACUUGUCUGGAUAACCUCAACCGGAAGAAUUCGCGCAGAUCUAUAAAACUGGACAGCAAAGGAGACGAUAAGGGCAGUAAGAAGUGGAAGCCACAGUCUCUGAAGUACACGGCAGCAAGGCUGCAUGAGAAGGGAGUCAUCCUGGAGAUAGAAGGGCUCCAGACAAACCAGUUCAAAAAUGUCAUGUUUGACAUUUCACCUACUGAGGAAGUUGGGGAUUUUGAGGUAAAGGCCAAGUUUAUGGGAGUUGAGAUGGAAAAAGUCAAGCUUCAUUUCCAGGACCUCCUUCAGUUGCAGUACGAGGGUGUGGCCGUGAUGAAGAUGUUUGACAAAGCAAAAGUGAACGUCAAUUUGCUAAUUUUCCUCCUGAACAAGAAAUUCUACGGAAAAUGAGAAAGUGAAAGAGCAAGAGGGAGAAAGCAACAGGAGCAGAGAAGGAAAAAGAUUGUGCCUGACAGUACUGAAUUUGUUAAACAAAAUUAUUUUUGUCAUCAGAUGGUUCAGGACAGUGUUUUGUGUCAUUUGAUUAUAAUUUAAUGCAUCACCCCAUAAUUAUAUGUAGUUAUUGUCCAAUUAAAUAUAUCCACUCUGUAUCUUUCCACGGAUGAUUAUAUAUUUAAAGUAUUUUUAAGAAUUAAACUGUAAUGGUUUUCAUGUUGUGUAUGUAAAAGAUAAUAGAAAGCACACUUGUUAUUGUGACCUUGUAUGCUAAAGAACCUUUAAGGGUUUGAUGGGAAUUCCGAUGCAGCAGUUCUCUCUGUGUGGUGAAACCUUCCAGUCAGCCUGCACGGCUUCAUGAGAUACUCUAAUUUACCAGUGCCUUUUUAAUAAAAGCAUUUACAGAAACAUGUUUUAAUUAAUAAACCUUUAAAACUUUUAAAAGCUGCAAACUGAUGUAUUUUUAAUGCUUGAAAAAUGUGAAUAAUAAAUUACUCAUGCCCAAAAUCA